UUCAUUUAAACCGUUUUAUGUUUAUAAAAUACCAGAAACACUUCUAUCAACAUUAACAGUAGAGGAAGAUAAAAAGGUUUUUUUGCCAAAAAAUGAAGAUAAAAGUUCAAUUUAUAAUGUUAAUAAAGAAAUGCUCUUUACAUGUUCUACAUGUAAAGAAAUACAAUUUAAUUCUACAGAAGAACAUAGAAUUCAUGUAAAAACAGACUGGCAUAAGUUUAAUCUUAAGAGAAAAGCAAGACAAAUGCCAUCAUUAGAUUAUAAGGAAUUCGAAGCAGCAUUAGAGGGUAUAUAUUUGAAAUAGAAGAAUCUAUUUCAGGGUCAGAUUCUGAGAGUGAAGAUUCUGUUUUUGAUGAUAUGGAACAGUUAUUUGUAUCAAAAGCGGAAAAGUUUAUUGAAGAAAAAAGUGUAGAAUCGCAAAAAACAAAGGAUCCUAUUAUAUGGACAACAUCUACUAAGCUAAAAAAAUCUUUGCAUAUCGGGUUUUAUCGAAGUCUUUUUGAUUAUGAUAGUUCUCAAACAUUUAUUUCUGUUCUUCGUGAAAACCAGUUAAAUAUAAAGAAUAAAAAUAGAACUAUUGCCUUGAUAAUGGUAGGAGGAGGAAAUUUUGCAGGAAUGAUUGUCUCUUUAUAUCCAAAAACUGAAAAUUAUAAAAAUUAUUUCAAAAUGGAUGAGCUUAAUGUAUUACAUCAUAAAACAUUUCAUCGAUAUACAACACGUAGAAAACAAGGUGGAUCUCAAAGUACUUGUGAUUCAGGAAAAGGUGCAGUUAUUUCUGCUGGAAGUAAUUUAAGAAGAUAUAAUGAAGCUGCUUUGCAAACAGAAAUUCGACAACUUUUGACAUCAUGGAAACACGCAUUGGAUAAAUCAGAGUUGAUUUUUGUAAGAGCAUCUGGAAAACUUAGUCAUAAAAUUCUUUUUGGAUAUGAAAAUUCAGUUUUAUCAAUAACUGAUAAACGUUUAAAGAAAAUCCCAUUUACUACUCGCAGAGCUACAAAGAAUGAGUUAAUUAGAUGCUUUAAUGAACUUACAAUGGCAAAAAUUGCCGAUAUUGAUAUGGAAGAAAUCGAAGUUAUCCCGGAAACUCAAAUAACAAAUCUAACAAAUAUUUCUAAAACAAUUGUGGCUGACAAAGAAUUUGAAAUACAAAAAAAAAAUACAUCGCAGAUCAUAUUUCUUAUAAAAAAAGGCAAUCCUCAAAAACUAAUUGAUUAUAUAGAAAAAAAUGCAUUAUCAUACGAUUUUCAAUUUCAACCUAUUUCAUUUUAUCAACAUAUUUCUACACCUCUUCACCUUUCAUCUUCAUUGUCUUUGUCAUUCAUUGUAAUAACACUACUGGAAAAAGGUGCCAAUCCAACUAUAAGGAAUGGAAAUGGAAAAACAGCAUAUGAUAUAGCAGGAAAUAAAACAACACAAUAUGCUUUUAGAUUAUGUAGAGCCAGUUUAGGGGAAGAAAGAUGGGAUUGGGGAUUAGCACAUGUUGCAUCACCAUUAACAGAAAAUGAAAUUAAAAAACGAGAAGCGCAAUCAAAAGAACUUAAAAUUAAAACAUUACAAGAAAAACAACGUCAAAAAGAAGAAUUGAAAAAACUUAUAGAAACUAGUCCUCCUAAAAAUUUGGAUACUGAAAUAAUUAAAAAAAAGUCUAUCAUAUCAUUAUCAUUAGAAAAAACAUUACAAGAUCAACGUAAUUUAUCUCCUGAUAUUCAAAAACGUAUCGAACGAGAAAAGCGUGCAAGAGCUGCUGAAGAAAGGAUAAAAAAAUCAAAGCUCUUAGGAUAGCAUUUUUUUGUUUAAAACGACUCUUA